AUGGGAAAUUCAACCACAGAAACUGAAUUUCUCCUCCUGGGCUCUCCUGAUGGCUGGAAACUGAGUUUCCUCUCUUUCACGGUAUUCCUACUGACCUAUCUGAGUACCUUGUUAGGGAACCUGCUCAUCGUCACUCUCACCUCUGCUGAUCAGAACCUGCACAAGCACAUGUACUUCUUCCUCAGGAACCUGUCCAUCUUGGACAUGUGCUUCAUUUCCUUCAAUGUCCUCAAUGCCUUUGUCAACUCUCUCACUGGCAACAGGACCAUUUCAGUGGCUGACUGUGCAACCCAGAUCUUGGUCAUUUUUUGUGCAUGUGUUUAUCUUCAGUUUCUCACCAUCAUGGCCUGGGACCACUAUGUAAUGAUCUGCCAGACCAUCUAUUACUCUAUAACUAUGAACCCUCAGCUUUAUGUCUGUAUGACCCUUCCUUCCCUGACCAUUGGUCUGGUGUAUGCAGGUUUGUACCUGAGGCCUUCAGCAACCUCUGACACACUGCUGAACAUCAUUGUCUUCGGCUUUUAUCCCUCCCUUCGUGAAUCCCCUCAUCUACACUUUCAGGAACAAAUAGAUGGUGGAAGCUGUGAGGAGUGUCAUGGGAAGACAGUUGUUCUCAGGGAAAAACUGUGUUUGCAUCCCAGGCAGCAGGCAGAUCAGGACUCCUCAGCUCCUAGAAGUCAGGGAGGCUGGAACCUCUGCAUCCACCAGCAACUUCCUCAGAGCCUGCAGAAAGAGUCUGAUUCCUGCUUCCACCUCCUGCAGGACAAACCAUUUGGCAGACCUGUCCACAGCAGGGCGGCCAAAGCCUGCUCCACCCAUGUCCCCGACCUGGCAGGUGUUAGGAUUUUCCUCUCCACUGCCUUCGCUGCUUACCUGAAGCCCCUCCUAGACUCCUACUCAUCCAUGGACCUGGUGCUCUCUGCUUUUUAUGUUGUGCUGCCCCCUACCCUCAACCCCACCAUCUACAGCCUAAGGGACAAGGCCAUGAAGGCAGGUUUGAAGAAGCUGAUCACCGGAAAGCUGCUGACCAAGCAUUGGGUUCUCACAUUCCUCCAAGAGUAG